CCCCCACUAACUUUAGCCACUGCGCGGAUUGCGUCUUUAAAGGUUCCCGGUACUGUUGCCAUAGAAACGCUACAGAGGCGUGCGUUGGAAUGUAGUCUUCUGCAGGAAGGAGAGUAAAACUUGGAGACCAUACAGUUUAUUCUGACUGAAAUUUGAAAAGAAAACGCAUAAAGUCAUGUUCUCGCAGCUAACGCCUGAGGAGUAGUCGGCUUCACGGAUGUGGACAGCAGCGGGACGCGACAGUAGCUGUGUCCUUUUAGAAAUACUGGCGUUACAGCGAGAGGAGAAAAAGCUGAAAGCUAAGUACGAGGAAAGCAAACAGGUGUUGGAGAGUUUGCAACAGCGUGAAGAGGAGUUGCACAAGAAGAUAAAGGAAAUACAGGACCUGCAUUUAAGCUUUGACAUGUAUCACAAGGAUGAAGAAGCUAAUCGAGUAAUCGAGAAAGCAGAGCAGGAGAGAAAAAGGGUGCUUCAAAAAGAGGCAGAGAUAGGGAGGCUGAAGGAGCAGUUUGCCAAACUGACUGAGGAGAAACAGGAGCUCGAGCAUCAGGUGAAGAGACACUCUGUGUACAGAGAUCUCAUGGAGCAGCUGCUCAAAAUAACUAAGUUUGAAGAUGUGGCGGCGCUCACGGAUCAUUUAGAGAGUCUCCUCCACUUCAGAUGCCAGCUCUCUGAGAGGGAGAGUAAGGCACAGGAGCAGGCUGACGAGCAGAGAAAAGCACUGCUGACACUGGAGCAACAGCACAACCUGCUGUUGCUGCAGAGGAACAACCAGCUGUCUCAGCUCCAGACCGAGCUGGAGAAAACACGCUCUGAAGGUCUAAUAUGGGAGAAGAAAUGGAAUAAUAUACAGGAAACGGCUACAAAGAAAACACUGAAGCUGGGACAGAUUAAGAUGUCAAUUUUAAAUCUGUAUGAAAUGACUGGUGGCCAGGUAGGAGGAGAGGAAGGUGUGGAUGUGAAUGACACUGAGAAACAGCUGGAGCAGGUCAAGCAGUUCUUCGAGGACCAGACGGACAUAGUGCAACAAUAUCAGCCUCACUCACAAAGGCGUAACAACGAUCAGGGAAAACGGAAAAGCAAAAAGCCCACAAAUAAAGAAAUGUGAACAGAC